GUAACUCCCCUCAAAUCCACAAGCUACCAUAAAUACUCACUUCAUCCAUCCCUCUCAUUCCCAUAAUAUUAAUUCAUCCCCAAUCUAGACAGAGAGAGAGACUCAGAAUUCUACAUUUCAUUUCCUCAGCUCACCAAAAGCAAAUUAAUUCAAAGCAAAACCCUAAAAAUGAUGAGCAUCAGAUCCGCAGUGUCCACUCUCAUCCCCAAACAAAAAUUACCCUCCCUCCAGUCUUACCUCCACAGCUCCGGCGGAUUCAACCUCGGAAUCCUCCACCCUCCCCGGAAGGACAAGCUCCUCGUCGUCUUGGGUACCACCGGCGCCGGUAAGUCUAGGCUCUCCAUCGACCUCGCCUCCCGCUUCUCCGGCGAGAUCAUCAACUCCGACAAAAUGCAGGUCUACCGCGGCCUCGACGUCCUCACCAACAAGGUCACCGACGACGAGCGCCGCCACGUCCCCCACCACCUCCUCGGCGUCGUCGACCCGAAAAAGAAUUUCACCGCUAAGAACUUCUGCUUCGCCGCCACGGAGACGAUCAAGUCGAUCACCGCCCGGGGUAACCUCCCGAUCAUUGCCGGCGGCUCCAACUCAUUCAUUGAGGCACUCAUGGAUGACAGGGAAUGCCGGUUGAGGUCAACCUACGACGUCUGCUUCCUCUGGGUCGACGUGUCCAUGCCGGUACUCCACUCAUUCGUGUCGGACCGGGUGGACAAGAUGGUCGACCGGGGGUUGGUCGAGGAGGCCAGGUCGGCCUUCGACCCCAACAACGGGGACUACUCCACCGGCAUCCGGAAGUCGAUAGGGGUCCCGGAGUUCCACCGCUACUUCCAAGCGGAGGCAACGGCGGAUGCCGACACACGCGCCGCCCUCCUCAACGAGGCAAUCGACGAGGUGAAGGUGAACACGUGCAUCUUGUCGAGCCAACAACUGGAAAAGAUAAAACGGCUGCGGGACGUUCGGGGGUGGAAGUUGCACCGGGUCGACGCAACGGAGGUGUCCCGGAUGAAGGCGGCCGGCGGUGGCAAGGACAAGGAAAUGUGGGAGAAUCAGGUGGUGGCGCCGAGCGCCACCAUCGUGACGAGAUUCCUUCACAAUAGGUUGAGGUCGCCGAUCUAUGCGGAUGCCGCCAUCCCAAUCGCACCGGUCGCCGGAGUAAUGGGCGUUACGGCGGCGAUACACUGAGACUCCGACAGACUGUUACUUUUCACCCUUACCAUAGCAGAGGGACUAAUCAAAGGGCGAUGAGCCACCCAAACCCUACCCUUUAUACUUCCUUUUCUUUAUUAUGUGCAUAUUUUUUGGGAAGUUAUUAAGGAUAGAACGUGGCGUAGGCUGAAGUAAAUACUCAUCGGUAGU